UUGAAAACAACAACCUUAUGCAUUCACCAUUUAUUUGAGCAUUCAAAAUGAUUAGAAAACUUUUUAUGAUCUUCUUUUUGUGUGUGAUUCUGGGAGAAGCCAAAAAGUCAUUUCUCAGCUUUCUGGAUAUAAAACAGACGGUGAUGCUAUUUUUUGAAAAGACUGAAGAAACCAUCAUUGUCAGAUCAAGUUAUGAAGAUAAGCAACCUAACUCCAGCUACCUUCUUGUGAAAUUACAAGACCCCAAGGUGCUCCACGUGGUGAAUGUGACCAAGACAACAUUGGAUGCUACAAAUUUUGCCAUAAACCUACUGAUGGAUCAAGAAGGAGAAACAAGUCUGAACAUUCAACUCUGGGAUUCUGAAGGUAGGCAAAAAAGACUCAUUGAAGAAAUAAAGAAUGUCAGAGUCAAGGUGCACAAACCCAGCCAAGACAGACCUACCCAGGCUCCAGUGCAUGAUAACAGAUAUAUCCCAAUGCUGAUUCUACCCAUGAUCCUGUUAAAUAAGUGUGCUUUUGGUUGCAAGAUUGAGUUCCAGGUACUUCAGACAGUAUGGAGGAGACCUUUACCAAUAAUUAUUGGGGAAGUUACACAUUUUUUUCUUAUGCCAUUUUGUGGCUUUCUUUUGUCGCAGAUUUUGGCACUGCCUGAGGCACAAGCUUUUGGGUUUAUUAUGACCUGUACAUGCCCAGAAGGGGGUGGUAGUUAUCUCUUCGCUCUGCUGCUAGAGGGGGAUGUCACUGUGGCCAUUUUGAUGACUUGCAUAUCCACAUCAAUGGCUCUGAUCAUGAUGCCUAUCAAUUCUUACAUAUACAGUAGACUAUUAGGUUUAUCGGGUAUAUUUCAUAUUCCUGUCUUCAAAAUUGUGUCAACACUUCUGUUCAUACUUAUACCAGUAUCAGUGGGAAUAAUCAUCAAGAAAAGGACACCUGGGAAAGCAAACCUUUUAGAAACAAUCGUUCAACCACUGUGUUUUCUUUUAAUGUUGGCAGGGAUUUACUUGACUUUCCAAAUGGGAUCCUUGCUGCUAAAAUCAGCUCAGCUAGACAUGCUUCUUUUGGGUCUUUUAGUUCCAGCCUUGGGCUUGUUGUUUGGGUAUUCCUUCUCUCACCUGUGCAGGCUUCCACUUCCUGUCUGUAAGACAGUGGCCUUUGAAAGUGGAAUGCAAAAUAGUUUUUUAGCCCUUGCCAUUAUACAGUUCUCUUUUUCACAGCCAGAGGCAAACUUAGCUUCUGUGGCUCCUUUUACCAUAGCCAUGUGUUCUGGCUGUGAAAUGUUACUCAUCCUUCUGAUCUACAGAGCUAAGAGGUAUCUUUGUUAUAGAAAAUGA